AUGACGAUGGUCGUGCCGUCCAUCAACUCGGAGGCCGAGCAGCUGUUGUCGUCACUGCGCAACAAGAAAAGCAACAACAACAACAACAACAACAAGGCCAAGAAGGCGCAGCAAAAGCCUGCAUCGACCGGCGAUCGUGCUGGGUCUGCUGCUGCUGCUGCUGCUGAGAGCGAUGUUGAUGCGGAUGAUGCUGAUGGCUUUGAAACCAUCACGCACGCGGAUGCGGACGGCGACGACAGCGACAUGGAUGAGGACGCUCCCGAUGAAGCCCACGGCAGCGUCGAGCUGUUUCCCCCGCAGUCGACAAGCGCGUCGGCUCACUUUACCGCUCACCAGUUUGCCUAUCAUCUGGCGAGUGCUGCGGGCAUCUACGAGCCGCUGAAGGCGUAUCUGAGGUCGUCGUCCCAGAUGAUGAUCAAGCUGUGCUCUCGCGAGAUUGUUCGCUCCCCCAUUUCGGACGCUGAGCUCAUCGAAACUAUCAAGACUUCCUCAAGUCGGGCUUCGACACAGCUUCUGCACCACUGCAUUGAGUUUCGUCGCGUGUCUGUGCUGGACGCUGUCAUUGACAGCGUGUUGAAACGACACCCGAACGUGGCUGCCGCAGUUCUGCACGGAUGCAGCCAUGAGGUGGUCAAGAGGAUCCUGGCGCACGAGCUGAUCAAGUGCAACCCUCACUUGAACAAAGUCUAUCUUCACCGGUUCCCUCCCCGAGUUCUGGGCUCGCUUCUCCGCGAACAGUUUACGAGAGAGGCGGACAUUUUCAAGCACGCAAGCAUGUGGUCGAACAUUGCUCAAGCCCGAUAUUUCUUCGAACGACAAGAGGCAAACCGCCUGGUCGACUUUCGGCUGCUGACUGCGUCCCCGGCAGCCAUACCCGAUCUGCUGCAACUUGUUCUGGAUUUUCCGACAUGGUCGCGACUCGGCGAUGGCGAUGCAGCUGUUUCUUACAAACACUGGCCUCGCGAAGUCUCGAUCGAGUGGUUUGUCCGGCGCAAGGAGACUCGCGAGCGAACGGUGCAGUUCCUCUUCGACACCAUCAUGUGCACAAGCGAAAGCAAGCUGGUCUUUUCGAUGCACAUGACGCGUGGACUGUUGAAAGCUCUGGGAGCCGCCAACGUUGCACGCCUUCUUCAGACCGUCACCGAGGCCAUCACACCCCGAAUGGUCAAGGGAAGCUUUUCCACACUCGGCCCGUUUUUCAGCUCGUUCAUCACUUACACCCCUGCGCUCGAACUCCCAGAAUUGGUCUCAACCUUCCAACGCAUGAUCCAGCGGAUUGCGCCGAGCCGCGAGCUUUUGCCUCAGCUGGUAUCAAGCCAACACGAUUCCCGUCAAGAUGACCUCGUCUUGUUCGAGUACACUCAGGCGUUUCAGUACAUUAUCUCCGAGCUCUUCCGUACUGCGCUGAUGAAUGUGCAGGAAUCGAUUUCCAUCAAGGUUACUCGCACUCCUGGAGGCACUUGCCCGAUUUCCAAAGACCCAGCUCACUCAUCUGCAUCCCUCUUUUCCGUGACUGACGUCGCUCCUUUGGUUGACGUCGCGAAAACGGUCAUCACUUCCUGGUGGCCGUCCAUUUUCGUCCUUCCAAACCCGCUGGAUUUGAUUGCAGAUGUUUCAUACAGCAACGAGCUUUUCCAGCAGCUGCAAGCUCGCACCGCUAUCUUCUCGGGCUCCCUCCACGCCCUCUCGUUUGAUUUGGUGUCCAUCAUCCUCGACUCGAUUGCCCCGUUCCUCAACCCAAAGUAUUUGGUUGAUUUUGUUGCAAUCAAGGGCGAUUCCACACGCCAAAACGAAAUGCAAAACGUCAGCCGCACUCUUGUCCAGCUGCUCACGUCGGUUAUGCUUCCCGUUACAAAACUUCUCGAAGCGCACGUCAAGGUGGCUGUCAGCGACGUUGCCCGUGCUCGCGUGCUGGCACGGCGUGUCCAGCAGCUGUUCCUCCCUCUCUUUGCUCGCAUUCCUCUCCUGCACGCCUUCGAGUUUGAGCGCAUCUUUUUGGAGCUGCUUGCUGGAGACGAUCGCGUGGUGGAGGACUUUGUCGCUCGCCACACAGACUUGACUUCAUGGCUCGAGCUGUUUGUCCGUCAAGCGGCGUCCUUCCGUACACUCCUCAUGCUGCUGCCCGUCAAGGCCCGAGCUUCCAUUACGGGGCCGCUCCUUUCGCAGACGGAUUUGCACGUCGGUUUGUCGUCCACCCAGCUGGAAACGCUUCGAACUUUCAGCGAUGUGUCGCAGCCAGCAGUACGCAACCUCAUGCUCAAGGAGGCCAAUGCCCCCGAUGCCGCUGCUCGCUUGACAGCCAUGACGCGGUAUAUUACGGCCGUAUCCAAUCUGAGCGACCCCGAUGCAUCGCUUCGCAUGAUCAACUCGCUGUUGCCCAUGAUUAAAAACGAACCGGCGGCAAGUCGCGGCGAAAUCUUAAAGCUCCUGUUCAACCCUCCCAACUCUGACGGCCUGUCCCAGCUCCUGGUCACCUCAUGGCAUGCAGAGCUCGUGAAAGCCACCAUCGACCUGCUCAAGGUCACUCUCGCCGACCCCGCGCCAGACAGCAAGGUCGUCGAGCUGUUCAGCACCACCAGUGCCAGUAUGGCCGAAGAAUCUCUCAACGUUCUUCGCGCAGCUGCCGUUGGCCGGAACUCACAGUCUCAGUCCGGCUCGAUCGCGGCCAAUCCUCAAGCAGUGCUCAGCGCGGCUGCUGAAAUCCAGUGGCUCGUUCACUGCAGCCGGAAGGGCGCAUCCGCGACCGCGGCGAAAGAGUUUAUUCUUUCGUUGAAACCACCCGGAUCCCGCUACUCUCGACGCGUCAAGUACACUCUUGCUUUGCCGGCGUUAACGGCCAGUCAAGAGGGUGUGGCUCUCAAUGCCGCCGUGACUGCCCUUCUGAAUGCUUACAAGCAUGUUCUUCCCGACCAGUCGCUCGAGAUCAUCUUGCGCUCUGCCAAGCGCACGCGCAAGCUACUUGACUAUGCAGGCGCCGUGUGGCCAUCUGUGCCAUCGCUUGUCACCGCCGUGAACGCGCUGCUCACCCGUUUACAGGCCAUCUCUCGCCCGAACGCAGAGCAUUUUGGGCUGUUUUCAGUCGUCGAUGGCAACGCGGAAGGCCGUGAUAUUUUCGAAUCCGUGUUUCUCCACCUUCUCAACAAGUACCGGACGGACAACACCAAGUCAAAGCAUGUCCCGGCUUACAAUGCUCGUUUUCGGCAGCGAGUCAGGGAUCAACGCAGGCCCGCUGGCAUCAAGCUUGCUUGGUACGAUGUGGACGUGCUCAACAAAGCAGUCGACUAUUUGCUCCAAUCCGAUGCGAUUUCCACGUCCAAAAUUUGGGCCAAGAUUGCCUUCCGCGAGGCCAUCCUGAGCCGAGAUCGCGCCGAACGGUACCGCCGCAAGGAGGAGCUUGUCCUGCGCCUCUUGAGCCAGUCUCCAUCCGCAAUUUACCUCAACCUAGUCUCUCGCUUCUUGCUGCGCUACCGCCAAGAUUUGCUGACGCCAUUCAUUGCCAAGCCGCAAGUGUUUUGUGGUCCCUUCUUUGUCGAAACGGAAAUUCGCCGACUCUUCCCAGCGCUUCCCUCCCCGCCUCCUUCCAACUCGCCCGUCGAGUUCAACCGCUACAUGCAACGGAUUACCAGCCAGCGCUAUCGCCGUACUUGCCUUCGCCGCUUUGUACAGUCUCAACGUAUUUCACACGCUUCUGUGGAGGAGCAGCAAGAGUACGAGACGGCGUGGUCUGCGGCAGCGGCAGCGGCAGGGACGAAUGUGGGCAACCGCAAGUCGAGCAAGGUCGGCAAAAGCGAUGGCAAGGAUGCUGAUGAUGACGACGACGACUACGAAACCGAAGACGAUGAAGACGACAACGAUGACGAGGAUGACAACGACGACAACGACGACGACGACGACGACGACAACGACGACGACAACGACGACGACGACGACGACCAGCCCGAUCAAACUGGCGUCUUCCGCUUGACGGCAGCGUAUGGACUGCACCGGUUGACAGUUGCCCAAAGUCAAACGCUUGGAAUGCAGUACCGUCAGGUCGUACUCGACGAGGCAUUGCCAGCAUCCAUUCGUGUUCGUGCGGCGAUUCGUUAUACGAUUCUGCCGAGUACGUCGUAUGCUGACGUGACUGAAUUCCUGAACGAGCACGCCGCGCCUCUGGGGCCCGAAAGCAGGGAUACGACUCUGGAAGCCCAAGACGCAUCCAGUGUCACUGCUACCAGCGCAGCGGCCUUUACUUACCCUCGUCUCGCGAUUGCUAUCGUGCACAAAUUGCUGCAUGGCCUUAGUCACACGGACGAACGGUUUGCUGCUCUCGAGUUCUUCCUGUCGCCUCGCUUCCUGGCUUCGGACGAAGCGCGUGUUGUCUUCCCAGCCAUUCUUCGGAUUGUACCGCUGCUUCCGUCCGCGAAAGUCCGGGGCUUGCUCCAGUUGUUGCUGAUGGGUCGCCGCCGGCAGCUUCUCAAAGUGACAGUCCACAAGCAGCUGAUUCGUCUAUUCGCCCGGUUUGCUACAGACUGGAAUGCCAGGUUCCUCGUGCGCGAGUUUGGGCGCGAACAGCUGCACCGUGAUGUCAGAUUUGCCGUGCUCGAGACUGCCCUGCGCCUCCUUGCCAAGCGCUCGCCGUCCGACCCUGCACCGGGGGUGGCCCAGCUGUGGAGCAUGCUCGAGGCACUCGAUCUGAAGAGUGAACUUCCGCGUGGUUUGCUCGUACUCCUUUCCCACAGCCCGGAAAAUAUUGGCAAGGAGCGCUUUCACGUGGGCCAGUGGAAAGAAUUUACCACGGACAACCCCAAGACACUCGAGCUGGCCAGCGAGUUUAAGCGCAUGUCUCUGGUCUGCUUGCCUCGAGCCCUGCGAGUCAGAUACUUUGAAAAUGUGGUGCUCCGUGUGCUCGCCCAAACUAUUGAUCCAGACGCGCCACAGGCCCAACACGAGAUGGCCAUUAUCGCGCUUCGUGUUCUCGACCUGUGGUGCUUCCACGAAUUGCACGUGACUUCCAAUGUGUUUGUCAACGACGCCAAUGCCGACCCCAAACCCGUGACCAUUGAGGCGUCUGUCUUUGGCAACAACAACAACAACAACAACAGUGCCAAUCCCAUGUCUGCCGAGCACAUUACUGCGUUGCGCCAACGGGCGGCCGCAGCUCACCGACUGCUCAAUCUGCUGACCACGCGUGCAGUCCGGCUCCUGUCGGUGGAGUUUUGCACCGUCACCAACCAAGAGCAGGCCAAGCUUCGUUUCAGCAUCAUUUCAACAAUCGUGGCCGUGUUGCUGCGUUUAGUGUUUCAGCAAGCCCGGGGCUACAAUUCUCAACCGUCUGUGACGUGCAUUCCGGCCCGCACCGCAUUGACAGUGAUCCUCGAACACGUUGUUGACAGUCUGCUACAAACUCGCCUGACGCUUGGGUUCAAGGCUAUGCUGAACAAGAUUCUGGACCAGUACACUUCGAGCCAAUUCUUUGUCUCCCGACUUGAUGAAACCGGCUGGCAGCCUAUUCUCGCGAGACUUGGCAAGAAACUCGACAGCCAAAUGCUUGAAGCUGAGUGCACGACUCUGCUUGCUGUGCAAUUUGUCAAUACGGGCGAGGCACUGCCAUUCACUUCCACCAAAGUACUCGGGGUGGUCGAACGCGUGCUUUUGCAAUGCAAUGACUACAUCGAGGAGGAUUUGUCGACCACAUCGGCAGCCAGAGUUAAUGGUGACGACACACGAGUGCAAAAGGCAUUGCCCCUUCUCAGUCGGUACGUCACGCUGGUCGCUUGUCACCUUCGGGGUUCGCCGUGCAGGUACGGUUUUGACGCGUUGGCCGAUGCCGACCUGUCGCUGUUUGAAACGUUCAUUGGCGAGCUUUUCAGCAAAGUUCCUGCGCCCACCGAGGAGAAUUGGGCGCAAACGGACGCUUGGCAUCGAGUCCUGUGCGGCGUGUUGACGCUUGCUCCAGUAGCAGUGGCGGUCGGUCGACAACCCUCACUGGCUGAGCCCCUGGUUGCAUCUUUGAUGUCGUACAUCGAGCUGAGCCACGUCAAGUUUGGCCCGCCGCGAGCGUGCUGCUUUGACGCUGUGAAGGCACUUUUGCUGUUUGCACAGUUCCCUACAUGCAAUGUGGAGGCCGACCUCACAGCGCACUCUGCAGCAAUGACGGGAGGCCCGAAGAUUGCGCUGGCGACUCUUACGCCAAGCGCGGCUUUGAUUGCUUCCGCGGUGCUAUCCCGUGUUCACGCCUGGCUUGCUCAGCCCCGCACGGUUGAUUGGUUGUCCGAUUCACCAGCAAUGGUAGUUGCUGAUUUCGCAUGGCUAGGGGCAACCGUUUUCACAACGCUCUUGGAUGGCACGGUCAACAAACUAUCUGCGGUCGUCGUGUCAUUGCUUAUCCUGGCGCAGGGGCUGCCGACAGCCAACCGUCUUGCUGCACGUCUGCUGAAAAUUUCACACGUCUAUCCAAGCUUGUCCCUUUCUGCGGGAAAGGCCGUGGCCGCUGUUGUGGGAAGCGUCAAUGCGCUGAGUGCAACAGAAUCCACUGCUCUCUUUCACACGGCUACAGCGCAGUUGCUGCAAGACAUGGUCGAAGACCGGUCCGUGCCAACGACGGGCGUCAUGUCGACCCUUGUGACAUUGCUGGACGGCGGCUGGGUGCCUCCGACCACAAAUCAGCGGUUUGGUCUCCAACCGCAACCAGUCGUUGCGAGCAACCUGCUGGGCUUGCUCCACCUCCAAUAUCCUGCCGUGGCUCGGCUGUUCUGGAAGCGACUGGUCGAGUUUUGUGCGGCUCGCAACAACAUGGCUCGAAAUGCUAUUGUUACGUUCGUCGCCGAAGGCCUGUUCCGGGCCGGCUCGCCUGUUCCUCCAUCGCGUGAGCUGAUCUCGAUUCUGCUUAAUCUGUUUGAAGCGCUGGCCACCAACACCUUCCUGUCCACCGAGGAGCUGGAGCAGUUGGAAGGAGGAUCGAGGUUUCUCGGUCUGGCUUCAAAAGAAUUGGCCCUCGGCCUUUACGGCUGUACCGCCGUGUUGAAGUCCAUCUUUACUCUUCAAGACCCGCUGCUCGGUCGGCAGACUGAGCAAGAUGUUGACAACGCAACCAACAGCGAUUCCCGGCAGUGGAAUUCCAUGCCAAGUGCUCAGGAUCCCGUGCCGGUCUUGUCGCAAGCCGAAGCGAAGGCCACGAAAAUUGCCUCAACCCCGAUGGACACCUCCAAUGCCAGCUCUGGUGCUGGUCAAGCGAGCCACAGCAGCCAGGCUGCACCCGUGCAAGUCCCUGCUCACCUCACAGCUGAGGAGCAACAGCAGUACCGUGAAUUGAAACACCCGCUUCUUCAAGCGCCAUUCAACCACGAGUGGAAGAUUCCCAGCCUCUGUAGGCUUCUGCUCAAGGAAUUAUCGAGUCAGAAAGCUGCCAGCAAAGAAGUCCAGGCACUCAGCAAAGUGCUUGGCGAGUUCAAAGACACCACAGCGCUGGUGUUGUGGCCGUCGCUCGUCUCUCUGUUGAAGGAUUUUCAAGGACAACGGGAAGCACUUCGGUUGAUUGGCUGGGCCGACCAGUGGCUCAAAGAGCAAGGAGAGCUGAAAAGCACGCCAGCCAUGAUCCGCGAUUCGCUCCGUGGCCUGAUCACACCGGAGCGAAAGCAACCAAAAAACGACAGCUACACACGACUGACGGAAACCUCCUCCUCCAUCGAGGCGCUGCUGAAGAAACGUAUGAUGAAGACACUCGCAAACGACACCGAUCCACUUGAGCAUCGGUCGUUUCUUGCUGCCACAAUCCCUGGUACUGGGAACUCGGGUCUGUGCGACGCGUUUGUGCAUCAAAUUGCCCCGGAAGCUCAUCGUUACAGAGAAAACGAUCCGUUGUGCUUAUCCGUCUCUUUCGACGGUCCUUCCGGUUUCGACUCUGCAAACGACUGGACAGUUCUCAAGCAAGCCAAUCCGGAGCACGCUCUGUCGACUCGCCUGCUGGCUGCCUACUUUGAAAUUCCCCCGAGGUUUUUUCAGGACAACUUUGAACAAACUGGCAGCUUCCAGGUCGCUGCUACGCUCCAGUUCAUCCAAGAGUUUGAGUACUCGGCUCGUAACGACAGUCAGCAGCCCACGAGUCAUGAUCAACUGCCGUGGCUUGCCAUCGCUGUUGACGGAAUUCAACAGUUGCUUGGCUGUUCGAGCUGGCACAACGCUCAACGUCAACGUCGGCUGCUGGACAAGACUCUCGCGUCACUCAAGGCUGCCGUUAAGCGCCCCGCAGCGCGACUCUUUGUGCUUUACGCUGGCACUUUGUCCGAUGACCUCACCACUGGCCUGAUUGAGUCGCUCCACUCUCAAACCUCUGCUUCAAGCAAAUACAACGUGGAUGAGGAGGAGGUGCCUGAAUCCCAGCGCGUGGAUGCAAACCUCGAGGGCCAGUUGCAUCCUUCCGGUGGCAUACCAUGCCACAUUGAGAAGGUUCUUGGUGUGAUGGCAAGUGGCGCGGCGGCUACACUCUGUCUGAAUGCCCGCAAGUUUAUCGAACUCGUGCACUUCUGUGCGUUCGACGCGUUCUCGAUCAAUCCUUCAAGUCUGGAUGCCCGAACUCGCUCUUGGAUUAACACAGGAUGUGCCUUCGUCGCGUGCGAGAAAGACAGCAGAGGGUCGUUGCAGUUCAAUUUGCACGACAAGAUAAAACUUGAUCUGCGUUCGGGUGAGGUCUCACCGACAUGUGACUCGCUCGAACAAACUGUGCGCUCGGCCUACCGCCUUGUCGAUGGACUUCAGCGCUGGCUGGACCGUCACUUCUCGUAUUAUUAUCAUACUGCAGUUGCGUGGGAGCAUACUGUGGGCAUCCUUUUCAGCUUGCGAUUGAUUGUACUUGUCGCCAAAGCACUGCUGGAUCAUGCUGACGCUUCGAAGCAGCUUGACAGUUCAAAGCUUGGCGUUGCAACGAAGCUUGGUGCUUCAAAACAGGCAGACGCUUCAACGCUUGGUGUUUCGAAGCAGCUUGACGCUUCAAAACAGCUUGACGCAUCAGACCAGACCGGUGCACCACAGCUGCCGGCUCACAUGGACGUACCACUGAGUCGGCUGCUACCUGGCGUCAAGUUUGGUGCGGGAUGCGAGGAUCUCCAACUGCGAUUGACACUGAGCGAUUGGAGAAAAGACAUGAAGUGCAUGACAAAGAUCAACAAUGCUGAAUGUUCACUCGCGACUCACAUUGAGCCGGCUAUUGACUGUUACAUGCAUGCUCAAGUCGUCGAGAAGACCAGCGGCAAAGUGCGUCCGGCAGUCAUUGGACUGCAAGUAAAGCAUCACAAGUCUCGUCUCACCACCCAAGACGAGAUUGAGAGGCUGGAAACAAAUGCUCGGAAGGAACUCGCCAAGGAAUAUGUCAUGGAAGAAGGCACUGUGAUUCUUGUCGGAGUCAUGUUGACGUCUCGAGUGACGAUUGCAAAUCCGCCGCCGCUUUCGUGGGUGAUGCACCGCGGCGACCUGGAGCAAUUCGCUCAAGGCUUCCAGAUGACAGUUCCUUGA